AAGAGGGAAGCGCAACGAAGGCCCCGCCGGGCGCCGGGUGGUUGUUGACGUGUCGGUGGAGGGCGGCGGUGCUCGGAAGCAUCAUGUCGAAGGUUACCUUUAAAGUGACGCUUACCUCGGAUCCGCGGCUGCCUUACAAAGUGUUAAGUGUGCCUGAAAGUACCCCUUUCACAGCUGUCUUGAAGUUUGCUGCAGAAGAAUUCAAAGUUCCUGCAGCAACAAGUGCCAUUAUAACAAAUGAUGGUAUAGGAAUAAACCCUGCACAAACAGCAGGAAAUGUGUUUCUAAAGCAUGGCUCAGAUCUACGGAUUAUUCCCAGGGAUCGAGUUGGCAGUUCUUAACAUUUCCUGGAGGCUUUGGAAUAAGUGAUAAUGCCAUCUGAAAAAGGUCUAUUUAUUUUGGAACUCUGAGGUGCGACUAAUGAAUUGACCUUUUUUUUUAAAGCCAGCAAAAAUUACUUCCCAGGUUUCAAUUUCAUGUUAAAUUAUGGACUGAUUCUUCCCUGACUAAUAAAACAGUGUGCUGAUUAUACAUUAUGUUCCAAAAGAACAUAGGACAAGAAUAAAUAUGUAGUCACAGUCCACAAAUCUGUAAAUUACUGGAUAUUGUCGAGCCUAUUUCAUGGAAGGGGGAACUGUGUUACAGUUUUCCUACAAAGAAUUUGUCCUUACUAAGUGCAGAGACUAUUUUUUACCCUUUUUUUCCUAAUCUUAAUUCCAUGUUAGAGGAGAAGUUUAGACACAGUUCAAGUAUUAAGCUCAAAGAGAAGGGAAAUAUCAGAAGUUUAUUACUCAAAUAAGUAAAUAGCUGCCAAGUGCUCCAAAGUAAUUAUAAGACUUGCUGCAAAUAUUUUAAAUAAAUUAAAAACCACAGGUUUCUGUCUGUUAAAACUUCGUUUGACAUACUGUGAAGUUAAACACAGGUUCAGAGAAUUUUGAAGAAGUUGAUCUUCUUGUGUGAAAUACCAUGAACUGAGAAGGAUGCAGCAUAAUUUGGGAGUGUGUAGGAGGUGGUCAAGUGUUUCAUUCCUUUUUCAGUAAACUAAUACUGGUUCUUUCUGGAAGUCAUGUUUUGUAAUUGCGUGUUACAUGGGAAACAGCUUACAGUUCACUGAAAUGUUUGUGGUCAGAUUAUAUGCUUCUUGUUUAUAAAUGGCCAGGGUAAACUGUCAGUUGUGUAUUUUAGUUAGAGAAAUUGCUGCUUUAUUUUUGAAGUGGUAAUCUACUUUGUAAUUUAGUGUAUUUGGCAAAGUCUUACCCUGUUGUAUUUUUUUUCCUGUCCUGCUGAGUUUUAACAGAAAGAACAAUGGGUGAUCCAGUGCUUGUUUAAAUUAAUAUUGUCACAAUACUGUCAAACUGUCCUGUUCAGAGAAUCUGUUCAGAGAAUCUGUCAGACAGUGCAGAAGUACAAAAUACCCUUCUGAGUGUGUGCAAAUUGAGUAUAUAGACAAACACUCUUCUGAAAGUGAUAUUUAACUUUAAAGAUUUUCCAGCUCUAAGAUGAAUUGUAAAAUUCUGGAUUUUCCUUUAUUAAAAUAAUUAAAUGGAAAAAA